UUUUAUCAGUUUCUGUUUUCAUUUUAAAAUGAUGAAUUAAAAGAUCAACCCAGCACUUAACUUAUUACUUGCUAAGCAUACAGCUAGGCACUUUUCCACAGGCCUUUAUUUUUUAUAAGGAAUUAAUUAAUUCAUCAUAAAUGUCCAGUUCAGCUCAGACUUAUAAAGAAAUAUUUGAGAGAAUAGGUAUGAUUUCCAAGUGCCUCUUAAACUGCAAGUUAUCUCUUCUUCUAUUUGUAGGUAAGGCAAUCUUCAGGUGAGAGAUGCAUUUCCCUUGCAAGUCAUGCUUGUUCCCUUGCCAUGCCAAUAACAGGCAAGAGUAAGACAUUACGGUCCUCGUUUCUUCAGAGCUUCGAUGUGUUUCAGACUCCUUCUCAACAAGUCACUUUUGGUAGCCAAUAUGGACUAAUCAGAGUCAGCACCUAGAUUAAAAAAAUUUUUUUUUCAUCCCUACCACAUAUGAGUGUUUCCCUUCCCUCAUACUGAAGCUCUAUUUUAAAGUAUUUAAGCUCAGUCCUGCCUGAUGUCUCACUACCACCUUCAAGAAAUUUCUAAUUUCAUAUUCUCAACAAAAAUAGAAGCACUUAAAAUAACUUUGCUUAUGGAUGCACCAACCUGUUGAUGACUAGUUAAUACCAUAUAUUAUUCUGAGACAAAUAUCUCUUUCUCAUAAUUUCAGAUUCUUCAAGGUCACUGUGGUAGCUUCCGCCUUUUCCUCUGACAUCAUGCAAAAUCAAAGCUUUGUAACUGAGUUUGUCCUCUUGGGGCUUUCACAGAAUCCAAAUGUUCAAAAAAUAGGAUUUGUUAUAUUUUUGUUCUCCUACAUUGCAACUGUUGGGGGCAAUUUGCUGAUUGUGGUGACCAUUAUCAGCAGCCCAGCACUCCUGGGCUCCCCCAUGGACGUCUUUCUGGCCUUUCUGGCCUUCCUGGAUGUGUGCUAUUCCUCUGCAUUCGCCCCAAAGAUGAUUGUAGACUCACUCCACGAGAGGAAAACCAUCUCCUUCGAGGGUUGCAUGACCCAGCUCUUUGCUGAAUAUUUAUUUGCUGGUGCUGAAAUAAUUAUUCUCUCUGCCAUGGCCUAUGACCACUAUGUUACCAUUUGCAAGCCAUUGCGCUACCUCUCUCUCAUGAACGGGAGGCUCUGUGGUAUCCUGAUGGGGGUAGCCUGGACAGGAGGCUUCUUGCAUUCUGUGAUACAAAUUCUCUUUACUUUCCAGCUGCCCUUCCGUGGCCCCAAUGUCAUCAAUCACUUCCUACGUGAUUUGUACCCAUUACUGGAGCUUGCCUGCACUGAUACUCACAUACUUGGCCUUUUGGUGGUUGGCAGUAGUGGGUUUAUUUGCAUCAUAAAGUUCUCAUUGUUGCUUAUCUCUUAUUGUGUCAUCUUGUUCUCGCGAAGAACACAUAGCUCUGAAGGCCGGAGGAAAGCUCUUGCCAACUAUGGAUCUUACAUUUCUGUUGUGGUUUUAUUCUUUGUCCCAUGCAUAUCUCUAUAUGCCCGACCUCCAUCUGCUUUUUCCUUCGAUAAGAUGGUGGCCAUAUUUUACACCAUUGUAACUCCCCUGCUCAAUCCUGUGAUUUACACUUUCAGGAAUAAGGAAGUGAAAAAUGCCAUAAGGAAGUUGUGGACCAAAUUGCUGGCGGUUUUUAAUUAAAAAUAAAACACUAAACAUAACAAAUUAAACCUUCCAGAAGAAAGAAAUCAAAAUGGGCUCAGACAAGAACUUUGUAGGGAAUGGACCUUGUAAGACAGAAGGAAAUGUAAUACAACACAAAAACACUGAUGUGGAGGUCUGGAAAUGCUCUUUGCAUCCUCAGAUUACUCAUCAUCUCAGAGUUGGCAGCUCAGUAUCCUUUUAUGUAAACUAAGGAGAGUUGAAUUUUUUUUUUGCAGUUUUUUUUAGUUAAUUUUUAUUGUACUUUAAGUGAAAGUUUAAAAAUCAAGUCAGUCUCUCACACAAAAACCCAUAUACACCUUGCUACACACUCCCAAUUACUCUCCCUCUAGUGAGACAGCCCAUGCUCUCCCUCCACUCUCUCUUUUUGUGUCCAUUUCCCCAGCUUCUAAUUCCCUCCACCCUCUCAUCUCCCCUCCAUGCAGGAGAUGCCAACAUAGUCUCAAGGGUCCACCUGAUCCAAGAAGCUCACUCCUCAUCAGCAUCCCUCUCCAACCCAUUGUCCAGUCCAAUCCAUGUCUGAAGAGUUGGCUUCAGGAAUGGUUCCUGUUCUGGGCCAACAGGUCUGGAGGCCAUGACCACCAGAGUCUUUCUAGUCUCAGUCAGACCAUUAAGUUUGGUGUUAUGACAGUUUGAGGUCUGCAUCCCACUGCUCUCCUGCUCUCUCAGAGUUUUUCUGUUG